UUUGAAUGGGUUAUUCCAAUCCCAAUGUUUGAUUAGGUAGAAUUUCAUUCUCAUUCCUGCUGGGAAUGACAUUUCCCAUUUGAGAAUAAAAUUCAUUAUAUCUUAUUUCAAUUCAGAUUCUUAUUCCAAAUUGAACCAAACAGAUUGCCGAAAUAGACCAUUCCCAAUUCCGAGGGAUUUUAAUUCCAUUCUGAUUCAGACCACGAAUCAAACGGGCCCUUGGUGGAUAACGUGCAAGGUGCGAACUAAACCAUCGAACUCCCGCCAAACCUUUAUUUUCAACCAUCAAGAGUGAGAGCUGAAAAGAUUCAGCAAUAAUAGCAAGUCGCUUGUCUUUCUCCGCUUGAAAGUUAAAAAUCCCCCGACUCAGAGGGAAUCUAUGAUCCGUAGUUGUCUUUAAUCAACACUAGGGUUUCGGCUUGUCCUCACUCGGGGAUUAUUGUUCCCAGCAAUGGCGGACAAGAUCUUGAGGAGGUCUCCGAGAAGCUGCAUCUCUCAUCCACAAGGUAAGGCCUGCAUUACUCCGUCUUUGAAUGUGGCUGCUACGGCGACGUCGGACGAGAAAUGCGUUACAAGUUCUCCAGGAAUCUUCUCGGCUUCGAUGGGGACUGAAUGUAGGAGCUCAAAGGAUAAUUCAGUUCUGUUUCCUGAUUCUACUGAGAAACGACCUCCAGUGACCGAAAAUGGUAAAAGGCGCAUGGCUCCGUCAUUGAAAACAGCUGAGGGGACAAUGCCGGACGAGAAACUUGUCAGAAGAUCUCCAAGAAUCUCAUCGGCCUCGUUGGGGACUAAAAACAACAACAUAAGUGAUAAUUCGCUUGAAUUUAUUGAUUUUGCUAAGAAACGGUUGUCUUCAGCGCCUGAAAUUGGUAAAAGUCAUUUGGUUCUAUCUCCGAAGACAGAUGACCUGACAAAUCCGGACGAGAAAUGUGUCAGGCGGUCUCAGAGGAUGUCCUUAGCUUCAAAGGCAUCCGACAACAGCAGUUCAAAGGGAAACCCUCUUGACUUUCUUGACUCGGCUGAGAAACGGCCUACAUUGCUUGAAAAUGGUAAGAACCGGAUGACUGCGUCUUUGGAAACAGAUGAACAAAUAUUGUUGGACGAGAAAUAUGUAAGGAGAUCUCCAAGAAUCUCCUUAGAUUCGAACAAAUCCCUUGAGUUUCUCGAUUCUGCUCAGAAGCGGCCUUCAGUGUAUCACAAUUGUAGUCGUAUGAGCCCAUAUUUGAAAACAGCUGACCAGACAAGUCCGAAUGAGAGAUGUGUAAGACGAUCUCCAAGGAUAUCCUUGGCUUUGAUGGGGACUGAAAAUAUCCUCUCAAAGGGUGAUUCUUUUGAAUUGGCCAAUUCUUCUCAGAAAGGGAAUGACAAGGAAUACGUUGUUUCCACUGAUCAGGCAAUGCUUGGUGAGAAAUGCAUCAAACGAUUUCCAAGAACAUCCUUAGCUUCGACAGUGACUGAAAACAACCAUUCGAAUUGCAGUUCGCUUGAAUUUGAGGAUUCUGCUGAAAAACCGCCUCCGAAGAAGCUAAAGGCCGCUUUUUCAAAGAAUAAAAGUAAGGAAUCUGACACUGUAUCAUUUUUCAUUGGUGAGCCAGUCCCUGCUGAUGAAGCUCGACAAAGGUGGCCUUGGCGCUAUGAAGAGAAGGGCAGGGGAAGUAAGCGGAGUUUGAUGUCUAAUAAUGAUGAAGAGGAUGAGAUAAUUUUGAAUGUGAAAUGCCAUUAUACUCAAGCUGAAAUAGAUAAGUGUAUUUUCAAUCUUGGAGAUUGUGCAUAUGUAAAGGGCAAAGAAGGAGCACAAAAUUAUGUAGGCCGGAUCUUGGAGUUUUUCAAAACAAUGGAGGGUGGAGAUUAUUUUAGAGUGCAAUGGUUCUUUAGAGCAGAAGAUACGGUCAUGAAAGAUGAAGCCACCUUCCAUGACAAGAAGCGACUAUUUUAUUCUGAUUUAAUGAAUGACAAUUUAUUAGAUUGCAUUGUUUCAAAAGUCAAGAUCGUACAGAUGGCACCUAGUGUAGAUUUGAAACCAAGAUACAUGCCACCGUGUGACUUAUAUUACGAUAUGAAAUACUCAGUGGACUAUUCCACAUUUACUACUAUUUUAGAUGAUGUUUCUGCUGAAAGCAGUGGUCUAUCUUCCUCUGGUUUCCCUAAGAUAUUUAAGAAGAAUGACACUAUGCCUUAUUUGGACAAAAGACUGGACUAUGGACCAGAAACAUCAGAGCUGGCACUUCUGGAUCUGUAUUCUGGUUGUGGUGGAAUGUCAACUGGACUAUGCCUUGGUGCUAAACUUUCUGGUGUAAAUCUCGUGACGAGAUGGGCUGUUGAUUUUAAUGUACAUGCAUGUGAAAGCUUGAGGCUAAAUCAUCCAGAAACACAAAUUAGGAAUGAAACUGCAGAGGAUUUUCUUGACCUAUUGAAGGAAUGGGAAAAACUUUGCAAAAGGUAUGUGGUUAGAGAUACGGAAAGAACACGGAGGUCUUGUUCGAGGGCAUCUAAGACAAAAGUUGGUUCUCAGUGUGAAUCUGACAUUCAACCUGGUGAAUAUGAAGUUUUGAAGUUGGUCGAUAUUUGCUAUGGCGAUCCUGGUGAAACGGGAAAUCGUGCACUGAGAUUUAAGGUGCGCUGGAAGGGUUAUCAUCCAAGUGAUGAUACAUGGGAACCAAUUGAACAUUUGGGUAAUUGUCAAGAUCGAUUAGUGGAAUUUGUGAGAGAAGGCUGUAAGUCAAAGAUAUUGCCACUUCCAGGUGAUGUUGAUGUCAUUUGUGGGGGCCCUCCUUGCCAAGGGAUUAGUGGCUAUAAUCGUCACAGAAAUGUUGAUGCACCUCUAGAUGAUGAAAAAAAUCGGCAAAUAGUAGUCUUUAUGGAUAUAGUGGAGUUCUUAAAACCUAAGUAUGUUUUAAUGGAAAAUGUGGUUGACAUUUUGAGGUUUGCCAAGGGUUCUCUUGGACGAUAUGCUCUAAGUCGAUUGGUUCAUAUGAAUUACCAAGCAAGGCUUGGAACAAUGGCUGCCGGUUGUUAUGGUCUUCCACAAUUUCGGUUGCGUGUUUUCUUGUGGGGUGCCCAUCCUAAUGUGAAACUACCACAAUAUCCACUUCCCACACAUGAUGUAAUUUUGAGAUAUGGUUCCCCCAAUGAGUUUGAGCGUAAUGUCGUUGCCUAUGAUGAGGGCCAGCCCCGGAAACUAGAAAAAGCACUUUGCCUUCAUGAUGCUCUCUCUGAUCUUCCAGUUGUCACAAAUGAUGAAACUCGUGAGGAGAUGUCAUACAGAAAACCUCCAGAAACUGAGUUCCAAAAAUAUAUUAGAUCAACUAUAUGUGAGAUGAUGGGUUCCAUGUGCAAUGGUGAAAGACAAACUAAAUCUGUACUUUAUGAUCAUCGGCCUCUUCCCUUAAACGAAGAUGAUUAUGCAAGAGUUUGUCAAAUACCACAAAGAAAGGGAGCAAACUUCAGGGACCUCCCUGGUUUAAUUGUUGGAGCUGACAAUGUUGUCCAGCUGGAUCCAUCAAUGGAGCGGAUACUAUUGCCAUCUGGAAAGCCUUUGGUUCCUGAUUAUGCUUUGAGGUAUGCCCAAGGAAAGUCAGUGAGACCUUUUGCACGACUAUGGUGGGAUGAGACAGUACCCACUGUAUUGACGACAAUAGAUCCUCGUUUCCAGGCAACUUUACAUCCUGAGCAAGAUCGAGUCCUUACUAUACGUGAGUGUGCUAGGCUACAAGGUUUUCCUGAUUAUUAUAGGUUCUAUGGGACAAUAAAACAAAGGUACAUUGUUGUUUUCUUCUUUUCAUUUUUCCAACUGUCAAGCUUUGGCACUUUUGCAAUUGCUUCUUUGCAAUAG